CGUUCCUCUCCUCAGGCUGACGUAACAGCAGUUUGACACUAUUCAGCACAUCCGCCAGUGCAAUCAGAAAACCUGCCAGCCAAUUUAUAGAGGAGACAUACGGAGAGAACGCUAAAAGCAUCGAAGUGUUCCAAGUCGCGGAAACCUGAGAAAACAACGAUUUACAGGAUUAGACCUCAACCCCCCUGAGACAACGAGAGAGAGUAAACGAGAGGAAGAAGAAGCAGAGGAGGAGAAGGAGGAGAGUGUACACUGUGUGCUCUGUAUGUCCCAUGCUCCUGGAAGAAGUUGCCUGUAGGCCACAGAACCAGGAUCAGCUGUUCCUACACCAAUCCUUACCUUAACCAUUAGGAGGGAAACACACAACUGACCUAAGAUCAGCAUCUAGAGGAUAACUUCCUCCUAAUCCUGGUGUUUCCUGGCGACGGGAGUUGUUAUUGAUCUACUUCCUGGUUUAGCGAGAGGGGUAGGAGCCACUGGUAAUAGGCUACCAUGCACCGCUUAAGGACUACUGUUGCUAGGCUACGGCCUAUCACGGCCACCCAGACAGCCAAGAGCCAAUCACAGGCCAGGCCGGCAGCAGUGGGCGGGGCUUUGAGGACGUAUGAGCCAAUGAGGAGUUACGCUGCGUCGGUGUCGGCCAAGCCUUUUCUGAGCGGGACCAGUUCUAAUUAUGUAGAAGAGAUGUACUACGCAUGGCUGGAGAACCCUAGCAGUGUACACAAGUCGUGGGAUAUUUUCUUCCGGAAUGCCAAUGCUGGGGCGCCACCAGGCGCAGCCUAUCAGAGCCCUCCUCCUCUGGGUGGUGCUGCUCUGGGAUUGGCCAACGCCCAGGCGAUGGUUGGAGCUCAACCUAACAUGGAGAAGCUAGUGGAGGACCAUCUGGCUGUACAGUCACUCGUACGAUCAUACCAGGUGCGGGGGCAUCACAUAGCCAAGCUGGACCCUCUGGACAUCAGUGUGAUAGACUUUGAUGAGGCCCCAGUAAUGCUGGGUUUGAAGAAAGUUGGGUUCUAUGGUCUGGAUGAGUCCGACCUGGACAAGGUGUUCCGGCUCCCCACCACCACCUUCAUCGGGGGCAGCGAGAGCGCUCUGCCCCUCAGAGAGAUCAUAAGCCGCCUCGAGAUGGCGUACUGUCAGUCUAUUGGAGUAGAGUUCAUGUUCAUUAAUGACAUGGAGCAGUGUCAGUGGAUCAGACAGAGGUUUGAGAGGCCAGGUGUCAUGCAGUUCACCCUGGAGGAGAAGAGGACCCUGCUGACCAGAAUGGUUCGAUCCACCAGGUUCGAGGAGUUCCUCCAGAGGAAGUGGUCAUCAGAGAAGCGUUUUGGUCUGGAGGGCUGUGAGUCUCUCAUCCCAGCCCUGAAAACCAUCAUCGACAAGUCCAGCAUGAACGGAGUGGAGAGCAUCAUCAUGGGCAUGCCCCACAGGGGGAGGUUGAAUGUGUUGGCCAAUGUGAUCCGUAAGGAGCUGGAUCAGAUCUUCUGUCAGUUUGACUCCAAGCUGGAGGCUGCUGAUGAGGGUUCUGGAGAUGUGAAGUACCAUUUGGGGAUGUGGCACCGUAGGAUCAACCGGGUCACUGAUAGGAACAUCACGCUGUCACUCAUGGCUAACCCCUCCCACCUGGAGGCUGUGGACCCCGUGGUGCAGGGCAAGACCAAGGCUGAGCAGUUCUACUCUGGAGACACAGAGGGCAAAAGAGUGAUGUCCAUCCUGCUCCAUGGUGAUGCAGCGUUUGCAGGCCAGGGGGUUGUCUACGAGACCUUCCACCUCUCUGACCUGCCCUCCUACACCACACAUGGCACUGUCCAUGUGGUGGUCAACAACCAGAUUGGUUUCACAACCGACCCCAGGGUGGCGAGAUCAUCCUCAUACCCUACAGACGUGGCCAAGGUGGUCAACGCCCCCAUCUUCCACGUCAAUGCUGACGACCCCGAGGCUGUCAUGUACGUGUGUAACGUCGCCGCCGAGUGGAGAGCCACCUUUCACAAGGACGUGGUGGUAGACUUGGUGUGUUACAGGCGUAACGGCCACAAUGAGAUGGAUGAGCCCAUGUUCACUCAGCCUCUGAUGUACAAGCAGAUCAAGAAGCAGAAAGGAGUCCUCCAGAAAUACUCUGAGAAACUCCUAGCAGAGGGAGCAGUCACCAGACAGGACUAUGAGGAAGAGAUAGCAAAGUAUGACAAGAUCUGUGAGGAGGCUCAUGCUCGCUCUAAAGACGAGAAGAUUCUACACAUCAAACACUGGCUGGACUCGCCCUGGCCCGGUUUCUUCAACGUGGAUGGCCAGCCUAAGAGUAUGACCAGUCUGUCUACAGGCCUGCCUGAGGAGGAGCUGGGACACAUAGGACACAUCGCUUCAUCUGUCCCCGUGGAAGACUUCACCAUACACGGAGGUCUGAGUCGUAUAUUAAAGGGUCGUGCAGCGAUGGUGGGCCAGCGUGUGUGUGACUGGGCUCUAGGAGAGUACAUGGCCUUUGGCUCACUGCUCAAGGAGGGAACACACAUACGUCUCAGCGGACAGGACGUGGAGAGAGGAACCUUCAGUCACAGGCACCAUGUUCUCCAUGACCAGAACGUUGAUAAGAGGAUCUGUAUUCCCAUGAACCACAUCUCUCCUAACCAGGCUCCAUACACCGUCUGUAACAGCUCUCUGUCUGAGUAUGGAGUACUGGGUUUUGAGCUGGGUUUUGCCAUGGCCAGUCCCAAUGCAUUGGUUCUAUGGGAGGCCCAGUUUGGAGACUUCCACAACACAGCCCAGUGUAUUAUAGACCAGUUCAUCUGCCCAGGACAGGCCAAGUGGGUCAGACAGAACGGAAUAGUCCUGCUGCUGCCCCACGGCAUGGAGGGAAUGGGUCCAGAGCACUCCUCGGCCCGACCAGAGAGGUUCCUGCAGAUGUGUAACGAAGACCCAGAUGCCUACCCUAAAUUCUCUGCUGAGGAGUUUGCAGUGCGUCAGCUGUAUGACUGUAACUGGAUCAUAGUCAACUGCUCUACUCCAGCUAACUACUUCCACGUCCUCCGCAGACAAAUACUACAGCCCUUCAGGAAGCCUCUGAUAGUCUUUACCCCCAAGUCUCUGCUGCGCCACCCAGAGGCCAAGUCCAGCUUUGACGACAUGCUGCCAGGUACCCACUUCCAGCGUCUGAUCCCAGACAGUGGUCCUGUGUGUGAGAAGCCAGAGGGGGUGAAGAGGAUUGUGUUCUGUACUGGGAAGGUCUACUAUGAACUGACCCGAGAACGCAACAACAGAGGCAUGGAUGAUACUGUGGCCAUUGCACGCAUAGAGCAGCUCUCUCCAUUUCCAUUUGACCAGGUGAAAGUGGAGACACAUCGUUAUCCUAACGCUGACCUGGUGUGGUGCCAGGAAGAACACAAGAACCAGGGUUACUAUGACUAUGUCAAACCCCGCCUACGAACCACCGUUGACUGCACCCGCCCCGUUUGGUAUGCUGGUCGUGGACCAGCAGCAGCUCCAGCUACGGGGAACAAAGCAGCUCACCUGGUGGAGUUACAACACUUCCUAGAUACAGCUUUUAACCUGGACGCUUUCACUUUUAUACCCUAACCCCUACACCCUAACCCCUACACCCUACCCUUACCUCACCUGGUGG